ACUAUACCUAUUAAUUUGCAUCCCCCACAAGAGUCACGGUUUACAGUUAAGCUUCACCUAUAUAUUUACAUGUAAUUCGCGAAUCUGAUAAUAAGGCAGUAAGAGUUUGAUUCUUGAAAAUCCAAGAAACCCUAUCUGAGAACAAAAAUGGGUUCGAAGGUUUUGGCUUCUUUAUUCAUUUUCUUGAUCUCCACGGUUAUCACAUUGCCACCAACGAUACAAGCUUGCACUCCUUGUACUCAUCCUCACCCUCCGGUUCCAAAACCCCCACACCACGGUGGCGGUGGCGGCGGUGGUGGAGGUGGCAGCGGUGGUAGCAAGCCGCCGCCGCAUCACGGUGGAAAAGGUGGAGGACCGCCGCAUCAUGGUGGAAGAGGAGGCAAGCCACCGCAUCAUGGAGGCGGAGGAGGGAAAUCACCGCCGGUUGUUAGACCUCCUCCGGUAGUAGUGAGGCCACCGCCAAUCACAAGACCUCCCAUCAUAAGUCCUCCAAUUCAACCACCGCCCGUUACAACUCCUCCGGGACUCCUCCCUCCGAUCACAAAUCCUCCGGGACUUCUCCCUCCAGUCACAACUCCUCCGGGACUUCUCCCUCCAGUCACAACUCCUCCAGGACUUCUUCCUCCAAUCAUUAACCCACCUCCGGUCACAGUUCCACCACCAUCUUCCGGCUAUCCCCCAUAUGGUCCACCUUCCGGUGGUGGAGGAGGAGGAGGAGGAGGAGGAGGGGGAGGAGGAGGCGGCGGCGGCAAACAACCAACGUGUCCGAUCAACGCACUGAAUCUUGGAGCUUGUGUUGACGUUUUGGGAGGAUUGAUCCAUAUAGGACUUGGAAAUCCAGUGGAAAAUGUGUGUUGUCCAGUGUUACAAGGGUUACUUGAGUUAGAAGCAGCCGUUUGUCUUUGUACAACCAUAAGACUUAAGCUUCUCAACUUAAACAUCUUCAUUCCUCUUGCACUUCAAGCUCUCAUCACUUGCGGGAUCAAUCCUCCUCCUGGUUUUGUCUGUCCUCCUCUCACUUGAUCUAAAAAUUAAACACCCACAUGAUUUAACAGAUGUAUGUACGAUCAAGGGUUAUCGAGGCUUUUGUAAUAAUUCAAAUAUAUAUGUGGUACUGUUGAUGAUCAGGUUUGUUGAUUAUCUAGGGUUUUAACAAGUGUUGCUUUCUGUUCUUGUCGUUGUUGUUUUAAUCUAGGGUUUUUGCAUGAGACUUCUUUAAAUUGUUUUCUGUAAUCUUUUGUUUUGUUCCAGCUUCUUACUGUCUAUCUUUAGCCCUCUCUC